UGUAAUUAUAAUUCAAUGAAAACUCCAACGCAUAUUUUAUUAACUAUUCUCAAUUUUUCAUGUGUGUGUUCGGCGACUCAAAAAAUGAGCCGGUUCAUUACUGAUGGUUAUUACCGAAAUUAAUAUUUAGUUGUUUAUGGAUAGCAACAACAAUAGUUAAGAAAAUGGUAUUAAAGAAUUCAAAAUGGGACAAGAAGGCUAAAUAUCAAUAUAUGAAAAAACAUGGUAUAAGUAGGAAACCAUCUAAUAAAAUUGUAGAUCAACCUACUAAGAAAUGGUCGGGGAAAAGUGAUAGUGGUAUUGCUGCAAAUCAUGAGAAUAAAAUUACUUUAGAAGAUUCCGAUGAAGAAUAUGAUUCAGAAGUGGAUGAUGCAUUAAUAGAACAUUUUUAUCCUCAAUUGGGAGAAACUGAAUUAACCAGAGAUCAGAAAAUUAAGAUAAAACAACAGAUCAUUAAUGAUAUUCAGCACCAAAAUGAGAUGGAAGGCGAAGUACAAGAUAAUGAACAAGAUGAAGCCGAAAGAGAAGAGGAAGAGGAAGAGGAAUUAGAUGGAAUUUAUCUUGGAUCAGAAGAUAAUAAACAGAAAGAAAUGGCCAAAGCACCAGAAACUAAAUUUGAUCUUAAAGAAUUUAUGGCUAAUGCUGAACAAAAUAGAAGUAAAAAGAACCGAAAAUUAUUAAGUAAUAAAUUAUCGAAUAAUUUCCUUGAAGAAUAUGGAUUAACAAGUUAUGAGGAAUUAAAUAGAAAUAAAAGUGAUUAUAAUGAUAUAUAUUAUUCCAAGAGAGGUCAAAGAAAUCUUGAUGAAAUAUCUUCACAUGACUUGGAUGGAUUUGUUGUAGGACAACAAUCUAUUGCAGAGAUUGGAGAUAUAAGACGUCAAAAGGAGCAAAGAAAUAUACAAUAUAUCUCAAAAGAUGAAGCGGAACAAGAUAAGAAAAGAUCAGAAUUGGUGGAACAAGAGAAAUUUUAUAAAGAUAUUAAAAAUAGGUUUGAUACUUCAAAACCAGUAUCAAAAUCAAAAGUGUUAGAAAUUAAUACUUUUAAUAGUAAUGAUUCUAAACAAAUAUCAUUAUUAAAUACGAGUUUAAUGAGUGGUGCAGCCAAAGAGAAAGUAAAGAUCUCCGAUACUGAUUUGGAUGAAGAUAUAAACUUUCUCUUAGGCACUUCUAAACCAACAGUAACAUCAUCUUCAUUACGAUCACCACCAGAACUGCAACCACAAUUACAAUCGAGUCUUACAGAUAUAGAUGAGUUUCUAGCGGACUUAUCGGUACACGAAAAGUCAAAUAAAUCAGAUACUACAAAGAUAAAAUCAACUAAACUGGGAUUAUCUAAUAAAGAUAUAAAUUUCUUAGAUGAACUACUAGGAUAAUUCUAUACAAAAGAGUUGUCUGCAUAUACAAAAAAGUUUAUUGUGAGAUAUCGGUCUGACUGAUCUGAUAGCGAGAUCUUUUUUCUGGUGUGGAUGAGCGUUGGCAUCUGCCUAUAUA